CGCAAACGUCGGACCGUCACAGGUGACCCACCUGUGACGGGCUUUUACUUUCGGGCCCGUCACAGGUGGGUCACCCUGUGACGGCUACUAUAUACCGGGGAUCAUCACCUCUGACGGGCCUUUAUUUAGGGGCUCGUCAGAGAUGAGACACCUGUGACGGGUCCUAACAAGCCCUAGUCUAGCUUAGACCAACACCUCUGACGGCCUUCUAUUAACUUGCCCGUCAGAGGUGGAUGUCACCACUGACGGCCGGCCACCCGUCAAAGGUGACUGGACUUACCAGUGACCACUGAUCACUGACCAAGCCCAAAACCGUCAAAGGUGAGGGUUUGGGCCCGUCACAGGUGACCUUGACCAGUGUAGUGUACUCCCACGCCCCGGGGUACAACGUCGCCAAGUGCAUGGCUCCCAAGCUCCAUCCCGCGGAGCUCACCGAGAGCAAGUGCGGCCGGCCGCUCGGCCUCCGGUUCCACAACACCUCCGGUAACUUCUACAUCGCCGACGCGUACAGGGGCCUCAUGCGUGUCGGCCCGCGCGGCGGGGAGGCAACGGUGCUCGCCACGGAGGCCGACGGCGUGCCGUUCAAGUUCACCAACGGUGUCGACGUCAACCAGGUCACCGGCGAGGUCUACUUCACCGACAGCAGCACGCGCUUCCAGCGAUCCCAGCACGAGAGGGUCACUGCCACCGGCGACUCCACGGGCCGCCUGAUGAAGUACGAUCCGACGACGGGCUACCUCGACGUGCUCCAGUCCGGAAUGACGUACCCCAACGGUCUCGCGCUCAGCGCCGAUCGGAGUCACCUCGUGGUGGCGCUGACGGGGCCAUGCAAGCUGGUGAGGCACUGGAUCGAGGGCCCCAAGGCCGGUACGUCGGAGCCGUUCGCCGAGCUGCCGGGCUACCCGGACAACGUGAGGCCCGAUGGGAAGGGAGGCUACUGGGUGGCGCUGCACCGCGAGAAGACCGAGACGCCGUAUGGCUCGGACACCCACCUCCUCGCCGUAAGGAUCGGUCGCAAGGGGAAGAUCUUGCAGGAGUUGAGGGGGCCGAAGAACGUCAGGCCAACGGAGGUGAUUGAGAGAAGCGGCGGCAAGCUUUACCUGGGUUCAGUUGAAUUAGGUCAUGUCGCCGUUGUUAAGGCUACUUGAUUAGUUUAUAUAGUUGCUUUUG